AUGAGCGCCUCCAUUGAUUUCGGCGAGUACGAGGCGUUUUUGCCCUGUGACCGCGUUAACGCAGCGCUGACGUUUUCCAGAGAGCUUUUCAGUCGCGAGUACGUAGUGCAACGCGUGACCAGACAAGAACUUGCAGUUGCAAUUAAACAGAACGAAAAUCAAUGGCGAGGAAUAGCGAGAAUUCAUACAGGACACGUCGUCGUCAGUGUUGACGACGUUGCAGUGCGUGGCUUGUCGUCCCGCCAAUUCGCUGAGCUUUGGUAUCCACCAGCUCCACAAAAUCCCAACGAGCUGUCGAGAACGCACCGACGUGUGCGUUUUCGUGAUCGUAAACGUGCUGAGCUUGAGGUGGAGAUGCAAAAGCAAUGGACGAGCUCAGGACCAAUGCGGUUCUCUCCGGUUGAAGACGAGGUAGAGCUACGAGCCAAGAUCCGUGAAGUCCAUGCGUUAAUUUGGGCUCAUCAGCUUACAGAGGCCCAUGUGACUUUACGGUCCCUACCCGUUGGAAGUGACCCGAAGGUGUGUCUCCUAGCUGCUGAACUCGAGGUCGUACGUGUUCUGGUUUCCAAGGAUGUUUUAUACUUGAAACAAGCCCAGCGUGUAGCAACUCAAGCGGUGACUUGGCUCGAGAGUAUGCACGAAUUGUCUUCACAAUCGUAUUCCAGUCGCAAACAGACACAAGUUGCACUAGCUGAAGCUCUCUUCUUGUCAGCUCUGUUGCGUCUUGGACGUGACCAGCGUCUAGCGGCGAUAAAUACUGCAAGACGCUGUGCGGCGAUAUACGUGGAAUUAAGGGACAAGUUCUUGAUUUCUAACUCUAAAAGAGAGAAACUUCUGAUGCCUGAAAGAGAACUACAAGCGUUCCAGAAGAGAAUUCGCUUCGGACUUGGCAUACUUCAUGUCGGUGGCGCACUCGCGUUGAAGAAAACCUCGUUGGAAUGGAUCGGUGUCUUACUUAAAGGCUCGUGUGAUAUCAAGAAAGGGAUUGAACAUCUGCUGGACUGUUGUACUAUAAUGGAAGACAGUCAAGCUAACUGGGCUGCGUUGACGCUCAUGCACUGCUCAGGUGCUCUUCGCCUUAUUCAACAGCGCAAUAAACAAGGCGUUGAGCUCCUCAAUACUGCAAUCAGUGCUUGUAAACAAGCAGCACUGCAGCGUCAUCCGAAGGCUCUAGUUUUUCUUUGGAGCCAAGCAACUACCACAAGCUUCGAUGGAGAUAAGAUGCAACAUCUCGAGAUCGAAUUAACUCGAGUGGUCAAAGAUGAAGAGCGGGUCCAUCUCGCUGCUUUCGACGUUGGCUAUCGACACUUUCUAGCUCGCGAUUUCGACCGAGCAUCCGUGCACUUUAUGCCUAUCUGCAAGUGCUCCAGUGCGCCAUUUAAACUGCGUGGACUCAGCAGCCUUUUCCUCGCUGUUGGAUAUCUUCUGACGUCUCAUGACACUAGUGAACUAGUCGUACUAGAUACCAAGUUGUUGACCUCGGUACGACUGCUUCUACGGUCAGCUCGACGCUUCUUGGGGCUUCGGCUAGAAGACAUCGCAGACGACUACGAGUCGGCAUCGUUACAUGAACGUUUGGGUGAUUAUUUGGAGAGAAGUGACGAGUAUCUGCUGCUCCUUCCGUGGGAAAUCCUGUACGUGUACUACCAUUCCACCAAGACGGUCAUCGAUCACGACGCAGAGCUCACUCUGCUUCGAGCUAUCGUUCUCUUCAAUCUACGAAGUCCAAGAAGCUCUGCGCUUGGUCGUCUGCUGAACCAGAAAUCCUCUGGUUCACCAGCGUUCAUCGCGCCAGUGGCUUGGUUCUAUCAACUACGACUCCUCCUUGAACGCAGAUACUCCAAACUCACUGCUCCCACCUUCGCCGGUGCAGUACAGCAAUCACCGUAUCCAUACCAUUACGUGUACAACGGGAAGCUACAUGCCAUGAACAAACUCGUCACUCGACUUGCCAACGACAAGAUUAACGACAAGUGCAACAGUCCUAGAGCUUGGACUACUACAAAGUCUUGA